UGUCCAUAUUGGUUUGGCGCCAAUUUUAUUCUCCCACUGUCAAUAAUUACCAGAAAAAUCCAUCUUCCGCUGCGAAAGUACAAACCCUUUGCUCUGUCUCGCUCAUGGAUACAGAUGUUGAACUGUCCACCGGCACAGGCCCAAUGGAGAUCGAAGAGCCUACACUCACUACCAAUCAGAUGGAGCCACCGAGGAUCCACCGCCUCGACCAGACUGUGGUAAAUAGAAUCGCCGCCGGUGAGGUCGUCCAGCGGCCUGUAUCCGCCGUGAAAGAGCUGGUCGAGAACAGCCUGGAUGCUGACUCCACCUCCAUCUCUGUCGUGGUCAAGGAUGGUGGCCUCAAGCUCAUCCAAGUCUCCGAUGAUGGCCAUGGCAUCCCCUAUGAAGAUUUACCAAUAUUAUGUGAAAGGCAUACGACUUCAAAAUUGAGUAAAUUUGAGGAUUUACAGUCAGUCAAGUCAAUGGGGUUUAGAGGGGAGGCCUUGGCAAGUAUGACCUACGUAGGUCAUGUCACAGUCACCACCAUUACCAAGGGUCAGCUUCAUGGUUACAGGUAUUGGAAAACACAAUUUGGAGAUUCAAAUCUCAGAAUCAUUCAUGAAUUCGAAGAAAGCAGUCAAUUGUUAAUGUACAGGUCUUCUAUCAGACAAAGGAGAAACCCUAGGGAAACUGCAGAUCUUACUAGCAUUCAGGAACUUGUUAAAGAUAUUGAUUCCAAUUUUCACUCUGGGUUGCUGGAUAUUAUUGGGCACUGCACAUACAUUGGGAUGGCAGAUGAUGUUUUUGCUCUGCUUCAGCACAGCACUCACCUUUAUCUUGCUAAUGUUGUUAACUUGAGCAAAGAGCUUAUGUACCAGCAAGUUUUGCGACGCUUUUCACAUUUUAAUGUAAUUCAACUCAGUGAGCCCUCUCCAUUGCAAGAAUUACUAAUGCUGGCACUUAAAGAGGAAGAUUUGGAUCCUGAAGUCAAUGAAAAUGAAGGCCUAAAAGAAAAGAUUGCAGAAAUGAAUGCAGAUCUGCUCAAGCAGAAGACUGAGAUGCUGGAGGAGUAUUUUGGCAUUUAUAUUGAACCCAAUGGUAAUUUGUCGAGGAUUCCUGUCAUACUUGAUCAGUACACACCAGACAUGGACCGUGUUCCAGAGUUUGUUCUUUGUUUGGGCAAUGAUGUUGAUUGGGAUGAGGAGAAGAAUUGUUUUCAAACAAUCGCUGCUGCCAUUGGGAACUUCUAUGCUAUGCAUCCUCCUCUGUUGCCUAAUCCAUCAGGUAAUGGCUUGCAGUGUUACAAGAGGAGGGUGCUUUCUUGCAGCCCUGGAGGAGGUUCAGAAACAGCUGAGGAUGAAUUCGACCAUGAACUACUUUUGGAGGCUGAAAAUGCUUGGGCCCAACGUGAAUGGUCAAUCCAACAUAUUUUGUUUCCGUCCAUGAGACUUUUUCUCAAGCCUCCAACCUCAAUGGCUACAAAUGGAACAUUUGUCCAGGUUGCUUCACUGGAGAAACUUUACAAGAUUUUUGAAAGGUGCUAAUUAGGGCAGAAUCCUUCUCAACUCAUAACUUUUGCACGGUACUAGAAGUUGUUUUGUUCUUAUUUUGGCUCAUCCUGAAAUUUGCAUAUAAAUGUAAAGAGCGCCAUCUUUGUAAUAGAUUAUCUGUAAUGCAAACAAUGUAAGUGAACAUAACUAUUUUGGUUUACUGGUAUUAUAUUGUUUAAUAUACUUGCAACUAAAGUUUUUGUCUUAUAA